CCAUGGCGGGGCUGCGAGGCGCGCUGCUGGCGCUGCUCUUCGGGUGCUCCGGCGUGGCUGCCGUGUGGCCCCAGCCGCAAUCGCUCAGCGUGGCCCCCGCGGGCGGCUGCCGGCUCAGCGCCGCCCGGUUCCGAUUCGGCUACGCCAACUCCUCGGCCGUGGUUGCCGGCUGCGCGGUGCUGGAUCAGGCGUUCCAGCGCUACUGGAAGCUGCUUUUCCCUGCCGGACAGAAGGACCCAGAGAAAGGGCACUUUGGUGACCCGUCGUGUGGCGAACUUCUCGUCUUUGUCACCAAGCCGGGCUGCGAUGGCUACCCUUCGCUGGACUCCAAAGAGAACUAUAAGCUGAGUGUUUCAGAUGAGCAGAUGUUUCUGUCGGCAGAUACUGUCUGGGGAGCUCUCAGAGGCUUAGAGACCUUCAGCCAGCUUGUCUGGAGAGCCGACUAUGGAACGUUCUACAUGAACAAGACGGACGUUGUCGACUUCCCCCGCUUUCCUCACCGUGGCCUGCUGCUUGACACGUCUCGCCACUACUUGCCUUUGAGGGCCAUCCUGGAGACGCUGGACGCUAUGGCCUACAGCAAACUCAACGUAUUCCACUGGCACAUUGUGGAUGAUCCAUCCUUCCCUUACGAGAGCAUGGCGUUCCCAGAUCUCAGCUGGAAGGGAGCCUACCAGCCUGUCACCCAUGUGUACACGCCCAGCGAUGUGAAGACGGUGAUUGAGUAUGCCCGGCUGCGCGGAAUCAGGGUGAUUUCAGAAUUUGAUACGCCUGGCCAUACCCUCUCGUGGGGUCCAGGUGUCCCCGGCUUGUUGACUCCUUGCUAUUCAGGCCCAAAGCUGACUGGAUCCUACGGGCCUGUCAAUCCCAUCCUCAAUUCAACUUACCAGUUCAUGGGCAAGUUUUUUGCUGAAGUUAGUGCUGUAUUCCCGGACGUCUACAUUCACCUGGGCGGAGAUGAGGUUGACUUCACGUGCUGGAAGUCUAAUCCCAAGAUCCAAGCGUUCAUGGAGCAGAUGGGGUUUGGCCAAGAUUACAGGAAACUGGAGUCGUUCUACAUCCAGAGGCUGCUGGAUAUCGUGUCUUCCUACGGGAAGGGCUACGUGGUGUGGCAGGAAGUUUUUGAUAAUGGAGUGAAGGUGAAGCCCAACACCAUAAUACACGUGUGGAAACAGACCCCUGUAACGUACCAAAAAGAGCUGUCUAACGUCACCAAAUCCGGUUACCGGGCCCUGCUCUCUUCUCCUUGGUAUCUUAACCGCAUCUCUUACGGGCAGGAUUGGCUGGCAGCUUAUCAGGUGGAACCUCUGUCAUUUGAAGGCAGCCCCGAGCAGAAAGCUCUGGUGAUUGGCGGGGAGGCCUGUAUGUGGGGCGAAUACGUGGAUGAGACAAACUUGACCCCCAGGCUGUGGCCUAGAGCUGGGGCUGUAGCGGAAAGGUUAUGGAGCAACCAGACCGUUCGGCACGUGCAAGAUGCGUACACAAGGCUGAGAGACUUCCGAUGCACAUUGCUCAGACGAGGGAUCCGGGCACAGCCACUUUUUACAGGAUACUGUGACUACGAAUUCAACACACUUUGACUUCGGCAAUCUGCUCCUAUUCUCUUCCACAUACCUGCACCAUCUAUGUGUGGAGAGUAGGGGCAUGUUUGUUUAAUUCCAGUGAAACUUUCAUAAACAAACCAUUAUUGCUCCUCUUAUUAUUAUUAUACAGGUUUAAAAAACAAAGCACUUUUGGGGGGAUAAUUAUUAUUAAAAACAGAAACAAUUUAUCCAAUAAACCCGAAAGGAAAAAAAUUGCUUUUCUCCUCUGUGCUUAUAAGAUUUCUUCUUCUUUCCCCCCAAAAACUGCUAGAGGAGCUGCAUUAAGGAAUCAAGAGACAUGGGGAACCCUGCAGUUGCUUUCAUUGAAGGGAUUUAAUAUUUUCUGAUCUAACCUAUAUACUAAUAGUGGACUCGGUUCUCUGAAUGCCAGAUAUUAGCCAAAAUAGCACAAUCCACACAGAAGUGGGCAGAUAACCAAAAGGCUUGGGGAAAUGCCAAGUGUUUGGGUUUUUUGCAGAAGUACAAAACAUUUUUAGAGUGAAAACAACCUAAUGGGGGUGGGAGGAACUCCAAAACACCCCAGUAAGGACUGAGCAUGCUCAGUAGUCAUGUUAUGGUGACUGUUGAGGAAAGAAGAAAAAAUGGAAUGGAGUUGAAUGGAAAAGGGUAUGGCUGGCUGGAAACCUGAUCCCACUUGUUCUAACCAAAUCUGUUGUCGUGGUCCAGUACCUUCAUUAUAGAAGAGCAUUCAUUCUCUUACAUAUACGAAGAGGGUUGCACAGUUUUUAUAUUUUGUCCACUCCCAACUGCUACCUCAGCUCGCUGGUAUCUUCUGCUCUGAUGUAAGGCUUUUUUAAAAAAACAAAAGGUAGCUUGACAGUUUUUACUAUUAGCCAGCUUCCUGAGUCAAUUGGAUUGUAUAGAGAGCAUUUUGGAUGCCCCCUUGACGUGCCCUUCUCAUGACCGACAUUGUUUGCAGGUUGCCUCACUCUCUCAAAAGACAAUAUUGAUUAAAACUUUGAUUUUA